AUGAUAGCCACCAAUGAAUAUGCAAGAAAGGACUUGGACAAGAAAAUGCUGAUCACAGAAAAGAGUGUUAUCUCCAACGUCCUUACACACAUGGUUGUGAAGAAAAAUGGGACAAAGUUUAGAAGCAGUACAAUAAUAGCUCAAAAGAGAGAACUGGUGCUCGGAUUGGGGUUCAUCGAUGCGAGGUAUAGUGGAGACUGGUCAAGGAUUGGAGUGAUUUCAAAGGAGACUGAAGAUUUGUUAAAGCUUGCAGCAUUUGUUGUAGUCCCUUGGUAUAGUGGAGACUGGUCAAGGAUUGGAGUGAUUUCAAAGGAGACUGAAGAUUUGUUAAAGCUUGCAGCAUUUGUUUGGCCACCAGUGGCUGUUCCUCCACCUUCUCCUACUCCCACGACUGCUCCUCCUCUUCACCACCAUUCCAUGUCCAUGGAAAACCCCAAUCGCCUCUCCAACGACGAGUGGCCGCCGGCGACUGUUCCUCCACCUCCUCCUACUCCCACGGCUGCUCCUCCUCUUCACCACCAUUCCAUGCCCAUGGAAAACCCUAAUCGCCUCUCCAACAACGAGGUUAACUGCAAAGGUGAACAUCCUAUGGGUUUCGCUCUCUUCACUACUCCUCCUUUUGCCAUUGCUGCCAAAGAUGCCCUUCAGGAGAUGGUGUUUGAUGAGGAAUCAAAUAUCUCUGUAAUGAGUAAACCAAUUUGGAAGCAGAAUUUGGUUCAUUACUCCAUAGUUGUAAGAUCUGUUUAUAACAGACUGUUGGUUGACCCCCGAUUUGUUUGGAACAGAAAUAUUUUGGAGGAGCUCAUUGAGAAUAAGCUUGAUGGGUUUAUCAUCCCUCUGUUACAAGGGAAUAUCCUGAAGCUUUUCAAUGCUUAUUUUGUGUGUGCGUGUGCGCGCAUGUGUUUAUGCAUGAGCACAUGCGUGCGUGUUAAAGGUAACUAUGGAUGCAAGAGUAGUUUCUUAUUUAUGGUGUUUUCACUUAACCAAGGCAUAAGCUAUCGGACUGGACAACUCAAGCUGAAAAAUUCACCAGCCAUAAUUACUUUAAUUUCAAGGAGGUGUACAUGGCGCUUAGGGACCCGAAUGUGGAAAAGAGGGGCUAACCUUGAAGGUUCUAUGUCUUCAUUUUUACAGAUUCGAGGUUCAAUUCCACUCAUUUGGGAGCAAAUUGUUGAUUUGAGCUAUAAACCACGACUUAAUAUUAUUGAUCAUGAGCAAACAUCAAAGGUUGUGGAGCGCCAUUUUCAUGAUAUUAUAGAAAGAUACGGAGAGACUGUAGCAGUUGACCUAACCAAUAAGCAUGGCGAUGAGGGUCAACUGAGUAUGGCAUAUGCUACUGAAAUGGAAAAGCUGCCAAAUGUGAGAUAUAUUUCAUUUGAUUUCCAUCACUAUUGUGGCAACUCAAACCUCGACAAUAUACAAGUUCUCUAUGACCAAGUCUCUAAGGAUCUUCAAAAGGAAGGGUAAUCAACAGAACCAGAGUAUAAUUUUCAUAAUUUAGAACAUUUUCUGAAUAAAAUGUCACAAUCUAGGUAUAUGGGUUUUCCAUAAUUCUGUUUUUAAUCAUUAUUAUUCCAACUGAGCA